GGUCUUUCCGGUUUCCACCGUUCACUGUGCUUGUUCUCGCUCCGUGAGCUAAGGCCGAUUUCAGGCAACUUGCACGCUUUGCAAUCACUAAACGCAGCAGAAAUGUCGACAAAGGCUGAACUGGCUUGUGUGUACUCCGCCCUCAUCCUCGUGGACGACGAUGUGGCCGUGACGGGUGAGAAGAUCAGCACCAUCCUGAAGGCUGCUGGCGUUGAUGUGGAGCCCUACUGGCCCGGACUCUUCGCCAAGGCGCUCGAGGGUGUCAACGUGAAGGACCUGAUCACCAACAUUGGAUCCGGAGUCGGUGCUGCGCCUGCUGCCGGAGCCGCUCCAGCUGCUGCUGCGGCUGCCGAGGCUCCUGCCGCCGCCAAGGAGGAGAAGAAGAAGGAGGAGGAACCAGAGGAGUCCGACGACGACAUGGGCUUCGGGCUGUUCGAGUAAACUCCGGAAAUUCCGUGACGAACUGAGCGGGCAGUACAGUUUUAAUGUACAAAGGCCGCGAGGGCGGAUGAAAUAAACCUUUUUCUGUGAGAAAA